AUGGCCAAGUUCCAGGAGUUCAAUUCUCCGGCCCAGCUUGACCGCGCUUCAAAGCCGCUCCUGCUCGUCCUCGGCGCCUCGUACUCGAUUGUCUCCAUCGAGUCGGGCGAGGCCUCGUAUUCCGACGCUCGCGCGGCUGGGAACCCAGCCCACAUGAACACCUACCCUGGGCCGGACCAUAAUGCCUAG